CCGCACAAGUUCCGCAUCGUAUUCGCCUACGAGAGGUCUGGUAACUUGGAGAAGGACAUCGCGAGUGUUCGUGGCUGGACAGAGACCGAUGAGUCAAUAAUGUGUCGGGGCACGAAUUCUGUGUCUGGGAUGAUAUGCGCACCGUGAAUCCGUGAUCCGCGCCACCCCACACUCCACGCGAGGCACGCGACACGGCGCUAGUGAGCCGGUUUCGGCAGGCUUCAAGCUUUACUAGUUACCAGCCAUCUUCUCGGCUUAGCCGCUUAGCCUAACCACAUAGCCCAGGCUCGCUUUCCCGUACUACCAGGCCGGUCAGCCGGUCUCGCGACUACCAGGUCUCGUGCCCGAUCGCGCGCGCCCCACUGCCCGCGCAGCAGCGGGUCGAGGCCGCACGCGAUUCAUCCGACUCGCCCCCCUCAUGGCCCGCUCUCGCCGCUAGCGUAUCGCGCCGCAACUAGCGGCGACUGCGGGAGCGGCGGUGAAAGGGGCGAUGGCGGAGCCCAUGGCGGAGGCGGACUGGCGGGCGCUGCUGGAGGCGGCGUGCGCGGAUGAGCGGCGUGGCGGGGAGCAGGAGGCGGCGCGGAGGCAGCUGCAGGCGCUGGUGCGCGGGGAGCAGGUGGCGCUGAGCGACGUGGUGGGCGGCAUGGGCGACUUCCUCACCGCGCCCGACCACGCGCUCAGAGCGCGAGGCACGGCGGUGCUGGCGUCGCUGGUGGACGCCAUGGUGGUCGCGCCGCUGCCGCCACUCACGCUCAGCACUCUCGCUCAGUUCUUCUCCCACCGCAUGCUCGCCCUGCGUUUGCUGCUCGCCCUCUUGGAGUGUCACAUUGCCGCCUCGCCUCCUGGCAAGGCGGGGGCAGCCGCGGGCGUGGAGGGAGGGGCGGGGUGGGCGGGGCUGGCGGGGGGCGUGGUGGCUACAGUGGACGGGGAAAAGGACCCGCGCUGCCUGCUGCUGGCGCUGCGCAUCGUGGCGCUGCUGGUGGCAGCGCUGCACCGCGAGGGCGGCAGGGCAGCUGUGAGCGGCGUGGCGGAGGACCUCUUCGACGUCGUGGCGGCCUACUUCCCCGUGUCCUUCAACCCCCCGCCCAACGACCCGCGGGGAAUCACCCGAGAGGACCUCGUUCAGGCGCUGCUGGGUGCGUUUUCCAGCACGCCUGAGUUUGCUCCCAUGGCCCUCCCUCUGCUGCUCGACAAGCUCGCCUCGUCCUUCCCCACCGCCAAGCUCGACUCCCUUCGCUUCCUCGCUGCCUGUGCCUCCUCCUGGGGUCCCCACCCCAUCGCCCCCCAUGCCUCCGCCAUCUGGCAAGCCCUCAAAUCUAGCCUCCCCACGCUGCACCCUCCAGCACCGCACACCACCUCUUCCCCCUCCCCCCUCGGGAGUGACUCCAAGGUAUCAUCUGCCGCCCUGCAGUGUCUGUUGGCGUGUGUGCGUGCCACACAGCCUUGCAGUGCGGAUUCCAUGGGGGGUGUGCCCGCGCGCCCCUCGCUGCUGGACGUGCUUCUCAAGGACGACGCUGUGCGCAGCGUGGGAGGGCUCAUUCCGUGGGGCGGGCAGCAGGCCACACAGGGGAUUGGAGAGAGAGGGGAGGAAUCUGGGAAGGAGAGGGGGGAGGUGGGUAAUGGUGGGGAUGCAUAUGGGGUAGGUGCGUCUGGUGGUGACAUGGCAGGGGUGUCAGGGCGAGUGAAGGGCACGGCUGACCUGCUCGCCUCUGUGGCCCGCGUGUCCCCCUCUGCCUCCGCUGCUGUCUCUGCCUCCCUCCUCCCGCCCCUAAUGCGCCUGCUGCUGCCCCCACCCGCUCAGGGUCCAAGGGGGGGGGCCUCUGGUGCGGGAGGCAGGGAGGGUGAGCGGAGGGAAGGGAGGGGAAGAGUGGGGAGCGAAGGUGGGGCGGAGAGUAGUGGGGAGCUGAGGGGAGGGGAUGGAGGAGAGGGUAUGGAGUGGAGGGAGGAGGGGAGUCGUGGGAGCAGUGGCGAGGGGGAAGACGGCGAGGUGUGCAGAGCGGUGCAGAGGGAGCUAGUGCAUCCACGUGGCAUGAUGGCAUUGGAUGUGAUUGUGAGCCUUAUCCGAGCUGCAAGGGACGUGGCGCAACAAGAUUGGGAGAGAGGGAGGGGCGUGAUGAGGCCGGGGAUGGUGGGGUGGGGUGCGAGGGCGGAUGUGACUGUGGUGGCUGAGAGAGAGCGGCUGGUGCUGCUGUUCCGCUCGGCGCUCGCCCUGGCGGUGCCUCAAGGCAGCCACAGCGGGGAGGGGGGGCAGCAGAGCAACACCGGGCCGAGUGAGCACAGAAGCUCAGGCCGGCAUGAGGAAGCAGCAGAGCUUGGCGUGGCUGGGCUGGAGUGCCUGUUGUCCUUCCCCCCGCCCGUCUCCCCUGUCUCGCCGUCGCUCCUCUCUCAGCUCGCUGCCUGCCUCACACACGCCCUCAUCCACCUGCCGGCCCCCCAUGCCCGCCAUGCCACCACCGCUCCCCCUUCUACUGCACACGCCACGGCGCCGCACCAGCCCAGCAAGCCCGGCACCACCCCCCUGCACCCUCCUGCGCCACCCCAAGUGCCCCCGCCAGCUCACCUGUGCAGCCGCCAGAGCCCCUCCCCCCGCCCGCCAUCCCCCCCUUCGCCCGCUCCCUCAGGGGGGUUAGCAGGAGGUGGCAGUGGAUGGCAGGAGGGCGGUGUGAGUGUGAGCGAGGUGGUGUUGCCGCUGCUGUCCGUGCUGGGGGACAAGCUCGUCAUUGGCCGCCAUAGCGCCGAGGCACAGCCACCAGGGCAGCAGGCAGAGGAGCGAGGCGGUGGGGAGGCGGAAAAAGGGGGAGGUGCAGCGGGCGGGGGGCGAGUGAGGGUGGGGGUGUGGGCGGAGGCGCUGGCCGGCGUGGCAGGGGAGCUGGCAGCAGCGAGGGACUUGGCGCUGCCCGCCCUCACUGGCCUGGCCCUCCGAGGCUGCGCCGCCCAGCCCAUCCCGAGCUGUCGGCAAGAGGCAAUCAUCACGGUGCUUCACGUUGUCUCCACUCGCCUCCUUCCCAUGUGUGACGGUGCGCGUCCCUCCGACUCCAAGUUUCUGCGCGACCACGCCGCCGCUCUUGUCCGUGUCUUUGCCAGCCCCCCUCGUCGCCCAGCCCCCCUCAACCUCCUCCUCCCGUCCUUCCUCCACCCCUCCAGCCCCUGUUGCCGGUCACCUACUGGCAGCAGCAUGUGCAUCAGUCACUGCUGCCACCCACCGCUGCUCCCAUGCCGCCCAGCUCUCCCUCCUCUCCUCCCUCGACUGCUACCUUCGCCCCCUCACCACCACCUCCUCCUCCUUCUCCUCCGCGCCCCCUUCAUCCACACCCCCCACACCCGCUCCUCUCCCCUCCCCCCCCCUGUGCGCACCCAAGAGGCGCUGAACCGCCUGGCUGCAGCGUUGGUGGUGGGCCUGCGACCCUCACUGCUCUGCGCAGACCCGACUCACGCCUCGCACUCCGCAGCCCAGGGAAGAGGGGAGCAGCAGGCAGGCGAGCAGGGGAAGAACGAGGAGGACGGCAAGGCAGCGGAUCUGGACCCCGUGUGCCUGCUGCAAGGCCUCUUGCGCCACCUCUCCCUGCUUGCCACGUCACCACCCGCUCUCGUGUCUGCUGAGUCAGCAGAGGCUGCCAGCGUGGCAGUGGCGUCGCUGGUCAACAAGUGGCCCAAGGACAGCGGAAAGGUUCCCGGAAGCACCACCGUGGUGAUGUCGGUGGACGAGGUGCUGCAGGUGGUGCUGGGGGGCGCGCUGGGGGGGGAGGCAGGGGGGGAGGCAGGGGGAGGUGGAGGUGGAGAGGGAGGGGGAGGGGUGGAGGGAGGGGGGGAGGUGACGAUUGAAGGGUGGGAGGGAGAAGAGGGGGUGAGGAGGCUGCGGCUGGUGGCGUGGGUGGGGAGGGCGGCGGCGAUGCGGGGGCAUGAGAGCAUGGCGCGGGUGGCGCAUGCGCUGCUGCACGCUGCCAUGGGUGCUGGGGCACAGGGGAAGGAGGUGGGGAGAGGUUUGGACAGGGAGGAUGGUGGAGGGGCCACGGAGGGGGGAAGUGAGGCAGCAGUGAGUGCGGUGGGGGUGGCGGCAGCGGAGGGGUUUGGCGUGAUAAUGGGGGAGGGGGGGGACUGCCUGACCCCUGCGUGUCACUGCGUGUGCCGCCCGCUGUACAAGCAGCGCUUCCUCAGCGCCUUCCUGCCUGCCCUCUCCUCCACGCUGCGCCACAUGCCACCUGCCCCGCCCUCUCAUGCUAGGGCCCAAUGUCUGCGUGCCUUCACUCACACCGUGGCCCACGCCCCUCCUGCCGCCCUUCUCCUCUCCGCUCCCCAGGUGCUCCCGCUGCUGCUGUCCGCCCUCUCGUCCCUGUCCCACGACCGCAUCGACUCCUCCCGCCUGCACGCGCUGCUGCUCCUGCUCGGCUCCUUCGCCACCACCCCAGGCACAGCCCGUGACCUGUGUGGGCAGCACCUCACCAGCAUCACCACCAACCUCCUUGCCCUCGCCGCCUAUCCGCAUGCCAUGGAGGUGCGGGAGACGGCAGUGGAGUGCGUCACAGCUCUGGCGGGCCUGCCGCACACUCAAGUGUUCCCGCACACGAAGAAGGUGCUAAGAGCAAUGGACGCACGUCUCGAUGAUCCCAAGCGGGCUGUGCGCCGCGCUGCCGUCAUGUGCAAAACCACGUGGUGCGUUGCGUGAGUCGCUGCUUCUUGCUCAAGUGU